CCUGAACUGUCACGAAUCGCGCAAGUCCCCCACUUUCCUUCCCUUCCAGCGAAUGAGCACGCGUUCCCAACGAGAGCGCGAAAAUUGGCUCUUUUAGUCUGUUUCUCUCCUUCUUUUUUGCAGCCGUCCCUUUAACACCGUCACAGGUCCCCCUCCUCCUUUAGAAUUGUUUGUCCUCCACGCGUUCCCUCUCCAAGAAUCGUCAGUGUGCCAUCGGUUCGUUUAAUAGACCCGCUGGUCUGUCUCAGCAGGUUUAAUUUGGCAUCGGCAAACGUGACAGGAAGGAAGAGAUCACCGUCAUCGGCCAGACAAAUUUUUCUUCAAACCAACCAAGUUUCGAGAACAUGAACACACCUUCUUCAAAAUCAAACUGAUCGUGAAUACAUCUGAUUUCUUCAGAGUUUCAUUUUGUUUCAACUGUUCAUCGAGUGUCGCCGAGUAUAAGAAUACACUUGCUCACAGUUUGUUGAAUUUUCAUCUCUACCAUGAAACACGCCCGUGUGAUAUUGGUUUGAGUGUUGGGGAGACUGGUUGUCGAAAUACAGGCUGCAAGAUACACCCUGAAAGGCAGGUGGUAAUUCAGUUUCUCUGAUGGAUUAACUCGACAAACAUACGUAUACAUAUAAUCAACUGGACUCUUAGAUAUUGAAUUUGAAACGAUCGCAAGCACGGCGAACAUGGAAGAGGCGGAUGUUCAGCAAGAGUCGAGGGACCAAGUGGGCAACUUGAUCUUUUCUCCACCGCCGAUGAAAAAGUCCGACACGAGGGAGAGUAUCUCCUCCGUAGAUAGCGACGUGAGCCUGUCUUUCGAUCGGAGAGGUUCCAAAGGAGAGGAGGCUGACCUGUCGGACAGUGGGAGUUCCGACAACGAAAGAAAAGCGAACAACGCGAUGAAGCAAUCUGCGAAAAACUGCGAUCCAGACUCGGGAGCCGAUUCCUUGGAAGAGAACGUCGUAAGGGAUCCGAAGGCUCAGAAGCAGGAAACGUCGAUCGAAGUAAGUACAGCAACCCAAGAUGAUUUCGUUCUGCCGAGCGACGAAUUGGCCGAGAAAAUAUGCGCCCAAGUGGAAUUUUACUUCUCCGACGAAAACAUCGUGAAAGAUGCUUUCCUGCUGAAACACGUAAAGAGAAACAAGGAGGGAUACGUGUCGUUGAAGCUCAUCUCGAGUUUCAAACGUGUGAAACACUUGAGCAGAGACUGGAGGGUUGUCGGGGCCGCUUUGGCAAAGUCGAAGAAACUCCAAGUAAAUCCACAGGGUACCAAGUUACGCAGAGUCGAUUCUUUACCGCCUUUCGAUCAAACCACUCCAUCGAGGACGAUACUAGCCGCGAGACUUCCGGUGGAGAAAUUGUCGGUCGAAUUGGUGGCUGAGAUCUUCAGACCAUGCGGAGAGAUCGCUCUCAUUAGAAUACUUCGACCUGGACAUCCAGCACCAGCUGAGGUGCGACAAGCAAUCGCCAAAAGGCCAGAGUUGGCAUCGAGCGAGGAGUGCGCCAUGGUCGAGUUCACGGAUUCAGCGUCCGCUCGUGCCGCCUUACAAAUGACCUUGGGCGAUGCCAAGGUAUUUGAGCUGCAACAAUCCAGCGACAAGAAGAGGAAGCAACAACCAGCAAAGAAAAGUGCCCUGACAAGAUUGACCAAAGAGGAAGCUUACAAUUCCUCAAGUUGCGCCAGCGGGUCCGAGGCAGAAGAUGGAAGAGCCAGACACAAAAAACCCAUUUAUACUUAUCCAAUAUACCAUGCCCCUUAUCCGGGCCACUCGUAUCAAGGACCCCCGUCACCAGACGCAUGGCUGCCACGUCGGUUGUCCGCUUGUUCUGUCUCAGGCUCGGACAACGGUUUUAUUCUGCGUCGCUUGUCUUCCUGUUCCGGUUCAGGCUCCAGUUCCGAUGCUGGAAGCUUCGGCAGACGUUACUCUGCUUGUUCUUCUGGCUCGGAGACCGGUUACUGUCAUCCGGUUUUCCCGCCGAGUUACUGUUAUCAAGAGAAUCGACGUUUUUCUUGCUGUUCGAGUUCCGGCUCCGAGUGCAACGGUGCUUGUUAUCAUUCUAGUCGCCGCGGUUCUGCGGAUUACGGGCCGUUUUUGAGAAGGCUGUCUGCCUGCAGUCGAGACUCUGCCUUCGACACAGGUUCCAGAAGGAUAUCCCUGUGUUCUUCCGGUUCUGAGCAGGGUAGCUACUGUCGAUCCAGAAGCAACAGUGGCAUUGCGUUGACCCAUCUUCCGGAGAAUGUGACGAGAAUGCCGUCUGGACCAGAUGGAACGCGUGGAUUUGGUAGACCACCCAAAAUGAAUAUCAUGUCACCAUCUAUGGAACCCACUUGUUAGAUAUCAGUUUCAUUGAUUCGUUGUUUCUUCUUCUAUUUGUCGAAUUUUGAUCAAUUUUGUUGUUCCAAAAAAGAGAAGAUGUAUAUGUAUAUAUAUAUAACACACACACAUAUAUAUUUUUAAAGACUUUUAUACAAGAGAUCUCUGAAGUUUAAUAAGUUUGCUGAAAGUUAAGCAAAGUAAAUGAUGAUGUACAAAUACGUCAGUUGAUAUACAAGUAUAUCUACCAUAGUUUAAUAUAUGUAUAUUAGUUGUACAUAUACAACUGGAUGACGUUGUUUGAAUUUAUAGGUGAAUUACACAUUUUUCAUAUGUGCAUUGUUUUUCAUGUAACGGAGUUUAAAGCGACCUGUAUUUUGUACACCUAUGAAAGAUUUAAUUUCCUCUUUCAUUCAUGUUUCUAUUUAAUAUGAUGAGACGAUUUUAAUUGCUUAUAAAGGCUGCCUGUAAUCGCCUGUAAAAUGAGUGUGUUUAAAGAAAUUCAUAUGACUUAAUUUACCUAUAUUAAUUACAUAUUAUUUAACAAUAAGAGAUUUGCCUCUGAAAAAAUAUGUAAAUAAUAGUGUUAUAAUAGUAAUGUAAUUGUGAUAAGUAUACGUGAAAGCCGUAUGAAGCCUUACAUAAAAAUGUUUGAUGAUGAAGUUUUGUGAUAUUAACGAAUGAUGUACAGACUUCGAAAUCGUGUGUAUAUAGAUUAUACCUCUGUAGGCAGACAUGCAUUUGUAUACUGUUAAUGAUACUCAAUCAGCAAUGUAGUUGGACAUUUAAAGAUACUAUAAGAAUAUUCAUGAUAAAUGUUAAUUGUAUAAACAUUUUAAAAAUAUGUGAAAAUAUAUUGGUACGGUAAUUUUCUAAUUGUGCCAAUUUUGUAUCAGAUUUUGAUCAUUCUAUGUCGUAUUCAAAUUGAAUCUAUAAAUAAAUUUAUAAUUAUUUUACCUGUUCUUAAUUGUAAAAUUAAUUUUUUAUAUAUUAGAAAAAGAUUGGAAAAUAUUAUUUUUUUAAAUAUUAAUAUAAAAUUAAAUUCUUGGUAUCAUACAUAUACAUAUAUAUUAUAUAUACAUACGUUUAUAAAUAUAACUCAAUAA